CACCGUUUCUCCCCCUCGUCGCGUCCUCGUCCUCUCCUCUCCUCUCCUGCCCGUCCCCCUCGCUUGUCUUCUCCCCCACCUCCUGCUCCGCGCUCUCGUCUCACCCGCCGCAGGCAGCUUACCCGUUCGUCUCGAUCGGCUCCGCCGUCCCAGCCCAGCCGACGCCGCCCCGCUCCGGCCGGUCCUCGUGGAGGUGUUAGGAGUUGUUUGGGCUGAAUUGAUCGGUGGAAGACUGGAAGCUGCACAUUCACUUUUAUCUCAGAUUUGAAAAGUGAUUAAUUGAUCUGGCAGGCUGAUAAAUUGUCAGAUAAAUAAUGUCUUUCGUUAGGCAAGCAGACCCAUCAGCAUCCUGUGCGGAGAGUCCUUACAUUCACAAAUUUGGGCCACCAGGCUCAGUUUUCCCAGCACAAUUUGCCUCUGGUACAGAAUUGCUUCAUCAUGGACCUCAACCGUACAAUGCUGAGGGCUAUAGGCAGUCUGGUUUCAAUGGCACAGCGGCUCAUGCAUUUCAGAGCUCGUUUUACAAUACUGAUAGCCAUGUUGAAUCUCACUUCAAUGAAGCAACAUGUUCUCCAGCAAACUCCAAUAUAUCUCAGCAGAACUCCCAGUCUUUGUCAGACAAUCAGACCGCCGAUCUUGAAGUAGAGUUUGAUGAAGAUGAGAUGAGGCUAAAGCUUCAGGAGCUUGAGCAUGCUUUACUCGAUGAUGGUGAUGAGAUCUUUUCUGAUUUAUCAGGAAUCAUUGAUGAUGAGUGGAAUGAUAACAUGAAGAACAAUGACUGGACUAAUACCAUGAAGAAUAUCAUGAGUCCAGACUCUCCAAAAGAGUCAUCACCGGAAUCAAGCCUCUGUUGCCCUGACAGCAAUAAUGGAGAAGCACGGCAUCCAAAACAGUUGCUCUUUGACUGCGCUGAAGCAAUUUCUGAGUAUAGCGUCGAAGAAGCACAAUCAAUAAUAACAGAAUUGCGACAGAAGGUUGCAAUUCAGGGAGACCCUUCGCAGAGAAUUGCAGCCUAUCUUGUGGAGGGCCUUGCUGCCACAAUACAGUCUUCAGGGAAAGGGAUCUACAGGGCUCUGAGGUGCAAGGAGGCCCCUACUCUGUACCAGCUUUCAGCUAUGCAGAUCCUCUUUGAAAUAUGCCCAUGCUUCAGGCUAGGCUUCAUGUCCGCCAACUAUGCUAUUCUUGAAGCCUGUAAAGGUGAAGAGGUUGUGCACAUUAUUGACUUUGACAUCAACCAGGGUAGCCAGUACAUAAAUUUGAUCCAGUUCCUACGGAAUAACAGUAACAAGCCACGCCUUUUGAGGAUAACAGGAGUUGAUGACCCAGAGUCAGUGCACAGGGCUGUUGGAGGACUGAAGGUUGUUGGUCAGCGACUCGAGAAGCUUGCAGAGGACUGUGAGGUACCAUUUGAGUUCAGGGCAGUGGCUUCUAACAUCGAGGAUGUGACACCUGGAAUGCUGGAUUGCCGUCCUGGAGAGGCCCUCAUUGUUAACUUUGCAUUCCUGCUGCACCACCUGCCCGAUGAAAGCGUCUCAAUUGUGAACGAAAGGGACCAGCUCCUCCGUAUGGUGAAGGGUCUCCGACCAAAACUAGUGACAGUGGUGGAGCAGGAUGCAAAUACUAACACCACCCCAUUCCUUGCAAGGUUCCGUGAGGUCUAUGACUAUUACUCGGCACUUUUUGAUUCACUAGAUGCAACCCUUCCAAGGGAAAGCCCAGAUAGAAUGAAUGUGGAGAGGCAAUGCCUGGCACGAGAAAUUGUCAACAUCUUAGCUUGUGAAGGUCCUGACCGUGUGGAAAGGUAUGAGGUGGCUGGGAAAUGGAGAGCAAGGAUGGCGAUGGCUGGCUUUGUACCGUCCCCAUUUAACAGCAACGUGAUUGAUGGCAUAAAAUCUCUACUGAAAUCAUACUGUGACAAGUACAGGUUCGAGAAGGUACACGAUGGCCUCCAUUUUGGCUGGGGAGACAAGACGCUCGUCGUCUCGUCGGCAUGGCAAUAGAAGCACAUGUCUCAGAUCUUAGCACUGCUGCAUUUUAGGCGCCCCUGGUGCAAGAGUAGAGAUUUCUACCACCGUAUUGUUAACCUAUCAUAUACUCAUAUCAUAUCUGACCUUAGCGUGCUGCUUGUAGACUUAUGAGGUCUGUCUAGUUUGUUAGAUGAAAUAUGUUGCGUAUUGUACACAUUUGUGCAGAGUCACUGGUGUACAGUGUACUUAAUUUUGCCCUUCUUUUGGAAGGGUAGAUCGCAAUAUGCCGACACUGUUUCAUGUAUAAAGUCUUGUGUGGAUGCUAGCUGAUAGAUGGGAUAAAUAACAAAAAUUCGUCAUUCAGCCC